AUGAAGAAGAUAGUAAGUGACGACGACGUACCAUUUCUUUCUGAGGAAAUUAUCUUCAACAUUUUGAAACGACUUCCUGCAAAAUCCCUAAUCCGAUUUCAAUGUGUCUGCAAACAUUGGAAAAAUCUCAUCGAAAGCCCAUCUUUCGUGGCCGACCACCUCCACCAUUCCACUCAUCAAAGCCCUUGUCUUCUCUUUGAGCCGUAUGAUAGCGAUGCUCCUUUGAACUUGUAUUUGCUUGAUUGCGAGAUGCAAGCCCGUCAGGUUCCGAAGCAUCCUUUGAUUGAUUAUUUGGAGUUCGGUUGGGUAAUUGGUUCGAGCAAUGGCUUGCUCUGCGUUGACAUCAGUGACGAUCGUGCAUCUCAUCCUGCCCUUUUAUUGUGUAAUCCAGCUAUUAGAGAAGUCAGACCGGUUCCCACAACUUCUGGUGUUAUAACCGGUUCUAUAGGAUUUGGGUUCAGUCCGAUUGUUAAUGAUUACAAGAUUGUAAGAAUUUAUGUUAAUGAGAUGUUUGGAAAUGUGGAAGUAUACUCCGUAAAAACAGGGUCAUGGAAGGGAGUAGAAGUGGGGAUCUUAGAUGGUCUAAAGAUUACUUCUUGCAGUUUCACUGCUAACGGAGAUAUCUUUUGGUUUGGGUUUACGCUGGAGGAGGAGGAGGAUGAAAUUGGUUACAUUGUGGGUGGAAAUGGUCAUCAUGUGAUAAUUUCGUUUGACAUAGCAAUGGAAGUGUUUACAUUGUUGCCAAUGCCUAAUUUACCCCCUGGGUCACAUCAAAAUAGACUCACUACAUAUGAGAACAAACUUGCAAUGCUUUCUUAUCGUGGGAUUGAAAAUUCUAAAUCUUCUUUGAUUGAUUUGUGGGUGAUGGAGGGAUGGAGUUGGACAAAGAAAUACACUAGUAACCCGUAUCCAUGCUUCUUAGACCCCAUGACUGUUUGGAGGAAUGAAAUUGUUUGCAGGAUUUCAGCUGGACGUGAAAUGGAGAAUGACGAACCAAACACUAUUUUGCUCAAUCUUACUACAAAAGAAGUUACAGAGUUUACUGUUGGCAGAAGUCACGAUGCUCAUUCACCUGGACCUGUUGGUGAUAUUGAAGGUAAUGUGGAAAAUGACGAACUAUUCAACCUCGCCAUUGAUGAACUCAGCUUGAUUGCUUAG